AUGAACGAAUUACAAAUUAUCUUUUAUACAUCCCAGGAUUACUAUGAUUCUAAAAAACAACAUAGAAAACGAGAGCCAAAUAUGUUCACCUCCUUUCGAAAGGAGAAGAUGAAGAGAAGGCCUGCUAAUGUUCCAAUCGAUGAAUAUAUAAAAGAUGUGAGAAGAAUAUGGAAAGGAAUGUCUGAAGUUGAAAAUUUAUUUCUCGUUGAAUAA